UAUAACGGGGUGGUACCCGGAAGGAGAAGGGGAAGCGCGGCUGCUCUGGCCCCAGAUGUUAUUGGUCCCGGGCGGGGAGGAGGACUUGGUUCCCUGUUAAUCGCCGAGCGCUUCGGAGGCGAUGCCGAGCGGGAAAGCAGCCGAGCUCAGAAAGGGGCGAUUAAAUUCAUUUAUUUUUGUUAUCUUUGUAGGUCUGUAGAAUAAGGGUAAAGGUUUGAGCCAAUUGGCUUCUUGCAUGGAGGUUGUUUCAUCCAGCUGGUGAUGCGGACAAGGCUUCCCCAGGUUUUGAAUGUGAAUCACUAAAAAAAAAAAAUGUUCAGGAAAGGAAAAAAACGGCACAGCAGCAGCAGCUCACAAAGCAGUGAAAUCAGUACUAAAAGCAAAUCCGUGGAUUCUAGCCUUGGAGGUCUUUCGCGAUCUAGCACUGUUGCUAGUCUGGAUACAGAUUCUACAAAGAGUUCAGGCCAAAGUAACAGCAAUUCAGAUACUUGUGCUGAAUUUCGAGUGAAAUAUGUUGGUGCCAUUGAAAAACUGAAUCUUGAUGAAAGCAAGACUUUAGAGGGACCCCUGGAUUUGAUUAAUUAUAUAGAUGUGGCACAGCAAGAUGGAAAGCUGCCCUUUGUUCCCGGGGAAGAAGAAUUUAUCAUGGGAGUUUCCAAAUACGGUAUUAAAGUCACAUCGUUGGACCAGUGUGAUGUUUUGCAUAGACAUGCACUCUACCUAAUUGUCCGGAUGGUCUGCUACGAUGAUGGUUUAGGAGCAGGGAAGAGUUUACUGGCUCUGAAGACGACAGAUUCAAACUCCGAAGAAUACAAUCUUUGGAUUUACCAGUGCAAUAGUUUGGAACAAGCACAAGCUAUUUGUAAAGUGCUAUCCACAGCCUUCGACUCCGUUUUAACGUCGGAAAAGUCCUGAAUACUGUAGCGAUAUGUCAUCCUGAAAAAGCUCUCUUCUUCCAAUGACUUUAAUACGUGGAGAAGAAAAGUUCAUAUCUGCACCAGAGUACUUUUUAAAUUAUUUUGAUAUCAUGUUUAAACUAUAUAUAUAUAUAUAAUGUUGCCAUUACUGUUAUUAAGCAAUGGGACCAAAAACCCGCAGAAUGUUCUGUUAUGUGCUCUCUGUGCUAAAUUACUCUAUUUUACCAUUUCAUAAACUUGAAAAAAAUCAAUGAAAUAUCUUCUGUCUAGUCACUGCACUUUUUAAAUUGCCUUAGUUCUGUGUAUAUUUGAUUGUUAAAAAGCAUAUUGUGCAAGAUCAGAGUUAGGAAGGUGUUGUGACUCAUCAGAAGUUUGCUGUGAGUUGAGUCGGGAUGCAGGAUUAACAAUGCAGCUGGGGCUCGUUAGCGUCGUCUUCUGGAGAUGAAAGGACGGAUGGCGCCACGCCCUGGUUGCAGAAGUCAACGUUCGUCGUCCGUUCAUGGUUCAUCGGUCGUGGUUUGUUUGUGAGAGGCAC